AUUUCUUUUUGAAGUAUUUGAAAUCAGAAAUAAUAUAAAAUGGAGAAUAAAGAUAAUGAGGGCUCAUUCUCUCCCAAAGCAAUGGAAACCUCCGAAUUUGAAGAGUCGAACCAAUUCAACUUUACACAAAAAUACAACCAGAUGUGCAGAACUAAGAUAGAGAAGUUCUUAUAGAUGACUGAAAUGAGCUCUAUGCUGGGUUUACACAACAGCGUGACUCUUUUGAGAAACUUGUCAAACUCGACCAGGCUCAGAAUAAAGGCAGGUUCAAGAGACACCAUAUUAAACGAAGGACCGCCACCCUAACCUCUGAUGAUAACGAAAAGAAUGUUCAGAAGGUCAAGCUGUACAAUACUUUAGCAGAGUUUGUACUGCUGACUCAAAAUUCCAAGCCGAAAGUUUUUAAAUUUAAUGGUGAAGAAGGGUCUUUUUCUCCAAAACAAAAAAUUCCUACAAGACCUCCUCCUAAUAAGCUCCAAGAAAUGGCUAAUCAGAGGCACCUGUCCCAGGGAGAGCCAGAUCUCGAGAAAGAAAAUGAAGGGGUUAAUAAUAUCCAACCAAGUGGUUGGGGUGACAUUGGCUCUCUCUUCUUUCAAGGUGACCAAAACAAUGAAAGCAAGACUCGUCAAGGCCAGCAUAUUAUAGAAAUAAACCAUGACCCUAACACUGAGGAUGACAAUAACGAUAACUUCAUCAAUAUCUCCGAUACUGGAAAUAGCUUUGAAUAUUCAGCAGAUGAAAAUGAGGGAAGCGAAACCAGUUUUAAUAGCCCUCAAAGUUCCUUUUUCAAGGCUACCUCGACUCCUCUUAGCCGGAAAACGAAGACAAAUGAUGCUUCUAGGCAGCAUCAGAAGUACAUUUACAGCAACAAGACUAUUAAUAAGAAGAAAAUCACUUCAUCUCUCAAGCAGAGCUUAAACCGUAAGAGUGAGUCACAGGCUUUUUGGAAAAGCCAUUUAUUAGAAAACCAGUCAGAGUUGGACCCUAGCAAGUACCAUUUGAUAUCCCCGGAUGACAGGAUCUCUGAGAAUCCCUCUUUGGAUACCAUCAAGCGGUCAUUGAGUCAGAUAAACUUGAACAAGCAGAGGAGUUCGUAUCAUAAACGGUUCUUGUCAAAACCAAGUUUGAGCAUUUCAAGGAUUAACAGUUCAGCCUAUUACAAGAGGAAGGGAAAUCUGAUAAAGAUGAAAUUAGUCAACUUGAAUAAGGAGUCAUUGGAGACUUCGCAGCUCAGACGGAAGAGUAUCUCCAAGAGCCGAAUCACCAAGCCUCAUACUAUACAGCACAAAUCUUCGAAAGUCCACCCUGUGAAGUUGCACAAAAGUCGGAUCAAGAAGGAAAUCGAACGAGCAAAGGAAGCUGGCCAUAAGAUCCUCGAGAAAGACAUUAUGUAUAAAUAUAAAGUUAGUAAUUCAAAAUUAGAGGGAGUUUCAAGCCAAAACCCAACAACUGCAGGUCAAAGUGGAGUCCAAAACUUGCUCUACCUACAAAAUGAAGAGGAGUACAACCAUAUUAUGGUUGAUUAUGAUGAUAAGGCAUUCAACGACAAACAGAUUGGCUUCUCGAAAGAUUUCAAAAGCCCACAUACUUUGGUCAGCUCCACUUCCAAUGAUAUUGAUCCUGGUCGGAGACGAGUCAAAACUCCCAUUGAUCCAAAUGAGGAAUUUAAAAGAGAACAGAGAGAAGGAUUAAGGACUUCAGGAAGUUAUUCAAUUGAGUCAUUAAGGAACCAUCAGAAUGGACCACUUAUACUGUCUAAGCUGGAAUCCUCAGGUAGAAUUACGCAUAAUACUAAUCAUUUGAAGGUGAAAGGGUCCAGAUAUCCUCAGAAAACUUCUAAGCUCUCUUCUAACAUCUGCACAGUUGAUGGUCUUGGUAAUGAUGUAGCCUAUCAGAAAUUCAACUCAUAUACGAAUACUUAGAACUUCAGGUACCGGAGCUAAUGGUCCUGUGGUUAAUGGAACAAAAUUUUUAGAUUCAAAGAACAUCUCUUGCCUCAGUUCGCCCUAUUUGAACAAGCCGAGUGAUUU